GCCCACCGGGGAGGAUCGUUUUUUCCUGUUUUGUUGGUUCAUCGGCGUUGAUCUCGGUGCAGAACGGGCGCGCGCGCGUGCCGCAGUAGUUAAGUGGCGAAAACGGUGGUUAAUCUGUAACAACCCAAUCCCAACCCAAUCUGUGUACGGAUUAUCGCCAGACUUGGUGGAAUUCCUGCUGUUACAGUUUAGAUGAAACGGUUCGAACGGUUGGACGCGCCUGCUGCGAUCGGCUGAAGAUCACUCGGGACGCCAAGCGAACAAGCGAGUUUGUGCGAGAUUUAAGUGAUAAUAGGUGGAAGAAGAAAAAAAACAAGUGAUUGUUAUGUGAAUGCUGGAGAAGAAUUUGGAUAAGAAAAUGAGCAGUGCAAUCAGAGUUCAUGUAAUUGAGAAUCAGUUACAGAUCCUAUUAGAGAAAGGUGGUGUGAAGGCAGAUUACCGAAAGUGACAUAACCUAGUGUAACAAUCGCGAGUGCAUCACGGUGGAAAGGAUACCCAAAAAAUGAUGAGUCUUCUAGCGCGCAGCAGUAUCCUGCUGUUGUUCCUGCUUUUCUUCAACUCAAACCCGAGCAAAGCUUGCAAAUUGUACUCAAAGAGCAACCUGCGCACGAAAUCCGACGGCGUCCAGUUCCUACGGCUGAAGGAGGACUUUCCGGUGGGCGGCGAGAUCGUUUCACUCUAUGCCUAUCCGCGGAAUUCGAUUCUGAUCGCCCGGGCGGAGAACUCGAGCGACUCGGAAUACUUUCGUCUGAAGGAGGUCAACAGUACUGUCGUCAGUGUCAUCCUGAACCGCAGCCUGGACGAUCUGGUCGACAAUGACAACCCCCAGAGCAUACUGAAGUUUAGCGUUUUUUGCAGCGGAACCGCACUAAAGCAAGAUAAUCAGUCCUCGUUUUUCACCAUCACUGUUUACAUAGAAGACAUCAACGAUAAUGAUCCCGAAUUUAUCAAUCUACCGUACGCGAUAACGCUGGACGAAUCAACGCCAAUUGAGACGGUGGUGUUUAAUAGAAUUAAGGCAAUUGAUCGUGAUAAGCCAAACACGCCGAAUUCCGACAUCGAGUACGCGAUCGCCCCGAAGCAGCUGAAGAGCGCCGACUUCCCGUUUCGGCUGGAGAGCUCCAAGCGGCCGAAGCUGAUCUUGCAGCGGUCGCUCGACUUCGAUGCCGGCUUGCGCUCGCUUAGCGUGCUGGUGAUCGCCAGCGAUCGUGGGAAUCCGUCGCGUUCUGCGAACGCCACCGUUCGGGUGACGAUCCGCGAUGUCGACGAUCUGGGGCCGAUCUUCACCCGGCCCGUCUAUCGGGCCACACUGAAGGAGUCUUUUCCGAUGACGGGUAAACCAAUUCAUGAACCGAUUUAUUUCGAUCCUCCGAUCGAAGCGUUCGAUCAGGAUUCGCUCAACGCCAGCUUGAUCUACAGCAUCGUAGAUGGCAACGAUGGUAAGUUGUUUUGGAUUAAACCGGAAACGGGGAUGCUUUUCCUCCAGGAGGAAAUCGAUUUGGAAGCGGAAAAUCUGCCGGAUAACACGAUGGUUCUCCAGAUCGAAGCCAGACAGAGGAAUAAUCCCUCAAAAACUGCCCUCGCUAGAGUUGAACUGGAGAUUAUCGACCUGAAUGACAAUCUGCCGGAGUUUGAAGUGGAUCUGUACAAUAUUUCGAUCAUAGAAAACCUCCCGAAGGGUUUCAGCAUCCUGCAGGUGAAUGCGAUCGAUCGCGACCAGGGUGAGAAUGCUGAAUUCUACUACUAUCUGGCCACGGAGGAGCCCAAGGGUGCCUUCGUGAUCGAUCCGAUCUCCGGUUGGAUUGUGGUCAAUGACGAGAGCUUCCUGGACAAGGAAACCCGAAGUUCACUUUUCAUGCGGGUAAAUGCUAUGGAACGGGUUGAGCAUGUCGAUCGAGGUCGUAACUAUGGAACGGUCCAGGUUGAAAUCACUCUGCUAGACACGAACGACAACACGCCAGAGUUUGAGCAGGGCACUUUGUAUGAGUUCAAAACCAACUGUAGCGCGGGUGUGGGGACGAAAGUCGGCGCCAUCAAGGCGCUUGAUCCGGAUGAUCUGGGAAAUGGACGGGUGCAGUAUCAUAUAAAAAAUGUACGACCGAAUCUGGCGAUUCCUUUCAAGGUUGAUCCUGACACUGGUGAUAUUAAGGUCUCGGAACCGUUAACCUACGGGAAGGUGGCUUUCUUUGUGGAAGCUCGCGAUCAGCCGCAGAAUCCUUCGGAGUCGAGGUUCAACGUUGCGCUAGUCACCAUCGACAUCGUUUGUCAGUCUAUCGAGGAAAUUGAAUUCAUCGGAGCUCCGUACGAGUUCUGGGUGGGCGCGGAUGCCCCAAUCGGAUCCUCGGUGGGUCAGAUACGAACGACCUUCGAUAUGAAUGCGGACGAAGAAAUCUUUUUCGAUCUUCUGCACUCCUACCCGGAGGGAGUACCGUUCGCGAUCGAAGAGAGAUCCGGAAUCGUCACCGUAAUUGAAGCUCUGGAUAAAUUUGACAGACGAUGUUACGAGUUCGAAACGGUCGUCUCCUACCUUCCGAACGCGGAAGGCAAGCUUGCAGAUCAGCUAACGCCAGAGGCGUACAAUAACUUGGAAAAAAUCAUCGUCACCAACGUAACGAUUCACGUGAUCAAGCACAACUUCAUGCUGCUGCGGGGAACCAAUUCCACCCCGAUCGAGUUCAAAAUCAAAGAAAACAAAGCCAACGCCAUCAUUGGUCAGCUCAAAUUCCAAGAUUUUCAGGAGCAGUGUGACGCCGACGAAAAAGGCCUUCCCCCGUUGAUUUCCGUCCGCGGUGAUCGCAACCGAAACGAUCGUCAGGUUUUCAACUUGAACGCAAAAAAUCGCACCCGCUGGGGUAGAAGAUUCAUCCGCGAGACCAGUCCGGACCUGAUCCAGCUUUACCCCUUGGUAAGCUUCGAUGCCUUGUACACGACCACCAACGGAAGUCGAAGGGCACGCAACUCUCGCCACUCCCGCCAUCCCACCAGUGGUGUGCAGUAUUCUCUCAUCAACAGCUACGACAUGGCCGACCAAAUUCGACUCACCAACGACGGAAAACUGAUGACCGUCAAGGGUCUCGAUCGGGAAAAGCAGGACACCAUUAAGGUUACCAUCAUUGCCGAGUACUUCUACAAGCACCGCACCUUCGCUGGCAUUUAUCAAGUUGUGAUUCUCGUGGAGGACGAGAACGACAACCCACCGCGGUUCAAUCUCCCCUACUACCUGGGUGUGAUCGCGGAAAACUCCCCCAUCGGAACGGAAAUCGUCCUUAACAGCCCAAUAAUCAUCAGCGAUCCUGAUAUCGGCGUCAACUCCGAAUACGAACUAGUCCUAUCAGGCGAGUCGAACUCCUUCGCGGCACAGUUCUCCAACGCCACCCUCUCCAACUACAACAAAACUGUGGCGCACAUCUUCAAAAACCUCCAGAUAGCAAACAUCGAUUCCACAAGCAGCAGUGAGCUGUUCAACCGAAGAUUGGACUUCCGCUCUAAACCAUACGAGGGAAUCAACGGUUCAACACCGCACUUCAACAUCCUCUUUAUGGGCCCCAACAAACUCGAUCGCGAAGAGAUCGAUAGUUUGAGCCUCAAGAUGACCGCCACCGAUAACGACAGUCUAGCGUCGGAGGUCGAGCUGAGAAUCCUCAUCCUAGACGUAAACGAUAAUCCACCGAUUUUCGAUAAGGUUGCGAUCUUUCGCAAAAGUCGCUGCGAAAUGGUGGAAAACAGUAGCGACCUUGAGUUGUUCUACCUAGACGAACUAGAAACGGCCAUUCUGCCGGAGUUUGCAUUGGACGCAGAACGCGAAGCCGCCCGAAUCAACUACGGAGUCGAGAGUUUAUUCGAAAUGGUCCAAUCAGCGCCGUAUGUGGGAAUGCCCCGUCUGUUCGACGCCUCACUAACCACAGUAAACCGCUCAACCGAUUCAAGGCGGAAAAUGUACAAACCAAAAAGCCGACGACGUUCGGGUGUUCGAAAUACCCGCGCCGUCGGUCGCAAAUCAGCGCUGCGGUUUUCCAUACCCGAGAACGUCGAAGUCGGGAAGGUGAUCCUGAAGCUGACCGCCAGCGAUGAUGACUUCGAUAAGAACUCUCGGGUUUUCUACGAAAUCAUCAAUCAAGAGGAAACGUCGGAAACGCCUAACAAAGGUAGUUACUUCAAGAUCGAUCGCAGUUCUGGGGAGCUGCGAGCCAUUCAACGACUACCACCGGAAAGUGAAAUUAGGUUGAACGUUUCGGCAAAGGACGUCGGUGGGUUGGCCGAUGUUAUCGGCUUGGAGUUCAAAAUAUACGACGUCAAUGAUAACGCACCGGUUUUCGAGAAGCAGUGGUACACUUUCAAGGUGGACGAAGGAAACUAUCCCAUCACGGGAUCGAGUAUCGGCCAGGUGCGGGCCACAGACGAAGAUCUCGGCAUGAACGGAAACGUUUCCUACCUGCUGUUGGCUGAGGAUGACACGAAGAUCCCUUUCUCGAUCUCACCUCACGAAGGCACGAUCCGAGUUUCAGGCGAAAUCGACCGAGAAACCGUAGCAUCCUACCAGUUCAAAGUCCUCGCAUCGGACAACAACUUCGACCUGAAACUAUCGGCGAUGGUCGAUGUGGAGGUGAUCGUGCAGGACAAAAACGACAACAGUCCGGAGUUUACGGCGUACGACGAUCUGCAGUACGAUCGCAACAGUAUCAAACGACUCCCGGUGUACGUAUCCUACAUCAACGUCAAUUCGAAGCCCGGUACAUUUGUCAAGCAGGUUCAAGCCCGUGACAGUGACUACAAAGAAAACGGCAACGGUUUGGUGAUCUUCUCUCUUUCCGGCCAAAAUGACCUUCUCCACUUCAGCAUCGAUCCGAAGGAUGGAGUGAUCGUGACGGCAUCGAAAUUCACCCCUCUGGGGCAGCGGAAAAACUAUCAACAUCUGAACAUCACGGUUGUGGCUUCUGACUUCGGGACACCUCCGCGCUCGAGUGUCGCCCUGCUGAUCGUGAAUCUGCAAGGCGAUCCAGAUCGGUCAGGCCAGCCGGAGGAGAGAAUCCCCCUCUUUCCGUACAAAUACUACGAGCUCGAGCUGCGGGAAAACGAUCAGGCACCGAAGAUCGUACUGAACGUCACCCUGAACAAGAAGUACGCGAACGAUGUUUUUCGCUGGCAGAUUUUGAACGAAGACUAUGGUGAGAAGUUUAGCAUUGAUGAGAAGAAUGGCUCGUUGUGGAUGCUGGAGUCGUUGGAUCGCGAAGAUCAGGACUCGUAUGGGAUUAAAAUCCGGGUGGAAAAGUUGAAGGUUCGCGAGAGUCGUAACAUUCCGAGUGUGUUGUACGCACUGGAAAAUCCAAUCCGGCGGAGGAUGCAGACGCAGCUUGCCGACAACGAAGUCGAGAUUCUGAUCAAGGUGAUGGAUGUUAAUGAUAAUGCACCGAUAUUUAAGGAGAAUGAGGGUCCUAUCAUUGCGGUGGUUCCUGAUCGUGCUAACUAUGGCUAUCCGGUGCUCAAGGUGGAAGCUUACGAUGCUGACGUUGGUAGCAAUGGAGAGAUUCGGUAUUCGUUAUUGAAUGAACCGUCUCGGUUGUUCGAUAUUGAUGCUAUUAGUGGACAGAUUCGGCUGCUGAGCUCACUGAUGACAUUCCAGGAUCGGGUGUUCGGAUUUGAUGUUAAAGCAACGGACCGGAUUGGGGCGGAUGAUGGCAAGUCGACGAUCGCGAACGUGUUUGUGUACGUACUGAACGCCCACCAGGAGGUUUGCCUUAUACUGUCCGGUGCUCCGGUGGACGUCGAGAAGCAAAUGGGCAUGGUCAUUGCCAGCUUAAGCAUGGCUACCGGGUAUGACGUUCGGAUACGAGCGUUGGAAAGUAACGAAAAGGUGGAGGAUGCCACAAACCUAUACCUAUAUGCCAUAGACCGAGGGACCAAUUCUUUGGUGGAGAUGUACGAACUGCAGAGAUCUCUCGCCGCCCUCGAUAUGUCAAAUUUAAAGCCAAAUUUGCCCAUAAUCGAACUGACAGAUCUGGCGUCGAACGCGCUGGAACCGCACUCGUACGAUGCGGGCAUGAAGGGCAUCGAGCUGGCCACCGUCGUCAUCGGGGGGCUGAUUUUUGCCGGCGGAACGGCCACGGCUUUGUGCAUUGCCUGCGCUCGAUAUCGACGUCUAAUCCCGCUGCCCAACGUAGGCGGAGGUGGCCGCCGUUCGCAGGACGUUCGAGCAACGGGGAUGCGCAACACCGCCUCAACACUAGCUGCCGGCAACGCCGGUGGCGGCGGUAUUGGCAACAUCAACAGUAACAACAAUAACAACAACGGAAGCAGCCUCGGUGGCAGCAUCACGCGGCCGAUUGCCCGGGUCGACAUCCAGCCGGUAAUUACGCGAGCGGAUCUGAAGAGUUCCAUCUUCCAUCCGAGCUUCCACCGGCAGUUUGUGACGAACAUUAGCACCGAAUCGACGGCUGUUCCACCAACGGCCAACGAUGAUAACAACAGUGACAGCUACGAAGACUCGCUUAAGGAUUCGCUAACGUCCAACACGAGCCUCUGACAGGAGGAGUACGCUUCCCCGCCCCGCCGGGGGAGCCAGCACCGGUGCCACCCCCGACACAGCCAGCUGUACAGAAUAGCCGAUAGGAGGAACCAAAAAUUUUAACCCGCUGAAGCGCAAGCCAACUUUUUAAAGUAUUAUAAUUGUUAUCUAAUGUUUUAAGUCUACUGAAAUGUGUGUGUGAGUGUGUGCGUGUACGCGACCAUGUGAAAAUGAGAUUGCUUGUGAAUUUCGAAGUGCAAUCGAUGGAACCAGUGGCAAAGAUAAGCUGUAAAUAAAGUCGUAUUUUUAAUUUAAAAAUUUAGC